CAGAGAUUCUUAGGUGUUGUCAUCGUUAGUUUGGUGUGUUUUACACUGGGCGGAUUGGCAGCAUUAACACGGUCACAAUGCGGCUUUAACGGCUACUGCGUUUCCUCUUUUCUACAUUGUUAAGGUUUGGUAACGCCUUUCUUUUUGAGUAUACAGAAGAAACACAGUUAAAUAUCAUCGGAAAUCGAAGAAUUACACAUUUCACACGACGGCUAGCUUAUAAGCUACUAGCUAACGCCUAGCUACCGUUAGCUAUGGAGGAGAAGAAGGAAGAGGGAGAAGCGGAGAUCCAGGAGCACGGCCCCGAGCACUGGUUCUCCAAGUGGGAGCGGCAGUGUCUAGCAGAGGCCGAGCGGGCCGAUCCAAACGAGGAGGAGACGGAACAAAGCCAACAGAAACUGUGGCACCUCUUCCAGAACUCGGCCACGGCGGUAGCUCAGCUCUACAAAGACCGAGUAUGUCAGCAGCAAGGCCUUUCUCUCUGGGUGCCCUUCCAGAAUGCAGCCACAGCUGUCACUAACUUGUAUAAAGAGAGUAUGGAGGCCCGCCAAAGGAGCUAUGACCUCGGCAUCCACUUAGGCCACCAGCGCAGGAAUAAGGAUGUAAUUGCAUGGGUUAAGAAGCGCAGAAGAACAAUCAGACGGGAGGACCUCAUCAGCUUCCUGUGUGGCAAAGUUCCACCUCCACGGACAGCUCGCGCCCCACCACGAGUUUCUAUGGUGUCUGCAAGCCGACCAUCACCCCCAGAGACGGGCAGCUCUGUGGAGACAGACCUGCAGCCUUUCAGAGAGGCCAUAGCACUGCAUGGCCUUAGUGGUGCCAUGGCAAGCAUUUCUGUGCGUUCAGGUCCUCCUGGUUCCCCAACUCACCCCGCCCAGUCCCUCAGUCGUCGUAGGAAUGGUCUUCAUGACGUAGACCUCAACACCUUCAUUGCUGAGGAGAUGGCGCUCCACUUGGAUUCCACAGCCAAUCGUAAACGUGGCCCCGCUCCCUGUAGUGAUGUCAUCACAGACUCACCGACUCAUAAACGUAAUAGGAUGCUCUGAACUUUUCCUACACCACUAAUCCCUCCUCUGUCCUCUCCUUGGUGGCCGACUGGACAGCUGAUGAGGACUGAUGCCUUGGCCAACCAUUGAAAUCUUCCUCCUUCUCAUCUUAGUUGCAAUGCUACAAAUAAAGAAACUUAACUAUUACCAAUCCACACAUUUAUUCCCUUCUUUUUAUUUUUCUUUCACCCCAAUCUGUUGUCUCACACAUCCUCUCCACAGUAGUUUUCUUUCCUGUUUGUUUGUUUGUUUGUUUGUUUGUUUGCCCCCAGUAGUAGAUCUGAUAGAGACGCGAGCACACAUCACACUUGAAAUCCUUGAAUUGCAGAAUGUUGCAUUUAGACAUUGUUUAUUUGGCUUGGCUUUUUUGUUCCUACAUCCCAUAAUCAGUUGAACCAGGCUGUUGCCUCCUGUUUGCAGUUCUCUUCCCCUCAUUCUUUGAGCAUACUUCCUCCUCCUCCUCCUUCUCUGUGGAGUGCUGGCCAAACCAGACAGGACUAAAACCCGGGCUCCUCAGGAGGUUGAACCACCUCCUCGCUGUGUGGCUCGCCUCAAAAUGCUUGUCAGCGUGUGUAUCUCAUUCUGCUGCUGCUCUGUGUGUUUGCGUAUCUGACAGCAGAACUGCCACUUACUGUGUUGUACUUGUCUUUGCCUUUGAGAAAGCUGCUACAGUAUCUCUGGUUGUUGUGCAACAGUGAGUGUGGGUGUGUGUGUGUGUGUGUGUGUGAGUGUUUGUAUGUGUGCUUGUGGAUGCAGGGUUCUGGCAAAUCCAGCACCCACUUGACCGAAUUAUUUCCUGUUUUCCUUAAAUUCAUCCUAUUAUUUUUCUUUAGUUGCUCUUUGCAGCCCAAAGCAGGGUUUUAUCACAAAGCAGGUCACUCCACUUUACACAGAUAAUGGUGACUAUUAUUAGUCAGUUAGCUGACACUUAGUGGGAUGAAAAGAAAUGCAAGAUGUGCUUUUGGCAAAGAUUUGCUUCAGUACACAUCCUGCAUUUUUAUUUGCAAGUUUCCAAUCACACUGUUGCUCAUAGGUAUUAUCAUGUUUACAAUGCAAAUAUUAAGUUUCCCUCCCACAUUAAAAUACAUUUCAAUGAGUACCGGUUCUUGCAUUUUUGCAUCAAGAGCAGUAAGAGUGUUUUGAAGCUUGUAUCUUACCUACUUUAUGUUUACAUUUGGCCCUUUGAUAACAUAAACUGGUGCAUUGUCAUCAUUCUGCCUCUUGUAUUUAAGAGUUACACCACAUUUACACUUGUGAUUUCAGCUUUAAAGUAAAAAAAUCUACAGGGUGACAGUUGCCUGUGAACUAGUUGGGGCCGAUGGCAGUUGCAUUUUAUUUUGCUUAGCCAACUAAUGGACGAUUGGGUGUGAUGGUUCAGCAAGGCUUGGGACACUUGUUUUGCAAAUUUCACACACUGCUUUGUGAUACAAUCUUGUGUAAUGUGUGUAAAUAACAUGUAGGUGCUGUUAUAUGUGGUACAUAUUGUAAAAAGAAGUGCAAAUCCAUUGGGAUGUCCAUGUACAAUAACAAUUCUGACAUUAAAGAAAGUACAAGCGUU